AUGGGCGCACACUUCUCCCUCCCCUCUCGACGUCGGCGUCUGCGCCAGCGCCAGCGCCAGCUUGCCCGUCUCAAACUGGCUGAGGAAUCUUCUUCGUCAGAGUCUCAGGACUUGAAGCACCCAUUCCUCCCUCCCUCCACCAACAACAACCAGCUAGAUGCCAACUCCCAGGCCGUCAUCAACCAGCUUCUCGAUGAACUCGACUCGGGAAGCUGGAUGCCUAUUCCCAGCGGAGAUGAGAAACCCCUUCUUCCAAGCGAGAGAGCAGUCCGUGCCUACGUCAGCCAGAUGCGCAACGGCCUCUCCGCCCUUCUGGGCUAUGGUCCCAUCUCACGAAAUCAAAGCUGGUCUGAUGCCGUGGCAUAUGCCCGUGCCGUGAUCCAAGAUCCCACAGACUCUGUCCAGCGCUCAAAGGCUACCUGGGCAAGGUCAUGCUCGUCCAUCCACCGCGAGCUCAAGACGCGGUUCGGCCCAGCCGUGAUAUCAACAGCCCUCCAAGGCUGCCAGCGGCUCAUAGACGACCACUACAAUGGAAAGCGACUUGCCGUGUCACACGUCAACAAGAAGACCAGCUUCCGCGAGCAUUUCCCCCUGUCAAAGCCCAGCAUCUCGCAUCAUCCCUCCAGCAGCCCUCUCGCAGUUGGCGCCUACGAGUGUGCUUUUCUCUCCUGCUCUUUGAUAUCAUCAGCAUGGCUGUCUCCCGAAGAAGCGCUCAAGUACUCGGCUAUAUGCCACUUGUCAGUGUGUGACGACUACUGGAGCUUUACCAAGACAGAAACAGAGGUGCGAGUGCGAUUGGUCGCCCUUGGAAUCGGUGCUGCGCUCGAGUUUGGUGGCGAAGCAGUCAAUGUCCUGAUCGAUGGCACUGCACUACAAGAUGUUGGAUCAAGCAGUUCAGUUUCUCUCCAGGCUGCCAUGGCUUGGAGAGCAAUCAAUGGUGCUGCUACUGCGUAUAACGGACAUGUUCUCGCGAAUGACUCUCUCGAGGAUGGCCUCGUUUCGCCACAGAUCAUCAUGGCCGUCCACGACAUGUUCGACUGGAGGAGCGACCUCGCAGCAGGAAAUCACGAAAACGGCUUCUGCGUGGCAUAUGGGCUUGGACUCAGCGACCCCUUUCACGAAUACCUGGAGGCAAUCCUGACUCUUGCUGCAUCCCAUCCCACAUCUGGUGCCUACGCCAUCUCAGCCAUCACACUAGCCAGCUUCACAGCCUGUCGCUACUCGUCAUACAAAUACUUUGAAGUCGACGUCGAGCUUCCAGCCCCGUGUCCACGAUGCAUAGAACUUGUCAGAAAGUUGACAACAGAGGCAGGCUUCACAUGGGAGCCAAAGACACCCCCGAGGGGGCUUGAGGACGGAGAGCGUAUUCGAAAAGAUUGUCAGUUGUGGGCAGACAGGUACGAAGAUCAUGGGUUGAUACAAGAGGGGCUGAGCUGGUUUCAGUACCUCGUCGAGACAGGCAGGAUACGCGUGUUGGAUGCAUUGGUCAAGAUACCCGCGGUGGACGAGGACGCAGACUGGGCUUGA